AUGUAAUUGUAAAUUAUAGGCAAAAAUGGUGUAGGAAAGAGAACUCUUAUUGAACUAUUAUAAUAGUAUUUUCAGUUAGAAUUGGUUACAUCUAGAGCUGAUGUUGUAAUCUAUUUAUUUGACAUUCGUGAUUAUAACAGCUUUGAGUACUUAAAAAAUCGUUACAAUCCAGAAAUAUAAAAUAAGAAUACAUAUUUGGUUGCCAAUAAACUUGAUCUCAUAGAUCGAAGAAAAGUUUCUAGUAAAAAUGCUUCAUUUACAUCUACAAAGGUGAAAAUGCCCUUAAAUUCUCUGCAAAGUAUGGCAUGAGCUACCAUGAAAUAUCCUGUAUUACCAAAUAAAAUGUUAGUCAUCUUAUUUAUGUAUGUAUUAUUAAUUUAUAAGUUUAGACUCUUUAAUUAUAAAUACAAUAAAGUGGAAAUAUCUCUUAUAGAUAAUAAAAGUAAUCUACAAUUUCUGUUCUAAAAUUUAAUCGAAUUUCAUUAGAAAAUGCUAAUAAUUCUCAAACUGAAAAAGAAGUCUCACCAAAUUCAUACAGCAUAGAAUAUUCAUAAACAAAUAAUAAAUAAAAAAUUAAUUCUACACAUUCCUAUAGAGAAUAUGAAUUUAAUAUAAAUUAAUCCUAAAUUCAUACAAGAAGAGUCUAAACAUAUAUUCAAGAUGAUUAAAAUUCCCCUUUAAUAAAAAAAUCAGAUGAUCUAAAUAAUUCUAAUCUUAAUCAUUCAUAAAAUAGUCCAUCAAUAAAAAAAGAUUAAUUUGUAAAUUUCUUAAAUUAGGAUACUCACAACAAAACAUUAUAAUAAACUUAAUUAAUAUAGACAGAAAGGAAUUUAAAUAAAUUAAAUUAAUUUAGUCCUGAUAAUACUCCUAAAAAUUCAAGAAUCAGUAAGUGGAUUGAUAAUGAUACCAAUAAAAGUUAAACUUAAAAUUAAAAUUAAAAUUCUUAAUUUAUCUAUCAAAGAUCUCCUUCUAAAUUACAACCUUAAAUUUAUACAAGUCGAUCAGUAUUAAAUGAAAUGAGUAAUUCUUAAGAUAAAUUUUCAACUAUGAAAGAGGCAAUGAAAAAUGGAUUGGAUUAAUUUAGAUAAUUUUUAGCAUAAAUUGAAGAUAACAAUUAAUUUUAAUUUUAGAAUUAUAUUUAAGUUGAAUGUGAAAAGGUUUUUGAUAGUUUUAAAUAACAUUUAUUUUAAUAAAAUGACCAAAAAGUAAAACCAGAAAAAGUGCCUUAAAAAAAAGAUUCUAUAAAUAUUUGUGAAAUCUCUUAAUUUAUUAAAUAAGAAAACCAAAGUAACAAUUAAAUAAAAUCUUUUCAAAAUAAUUAUUAUCAUAAUCAAACCAAAUCUAAUUCAAAUAGAAACCAAUCAAACCCUUAAUCUAGUGAAGAGUAUAUAUCUAUAAUGACUACCAAAAAAUCACUUAAUUAACCUGCUUAAAGUACUAAUAGAAAUACUCAUAGAAAUAAAUCACAAACAGGUAUAGUAGUUUAAUUAAGAGAAUAAGUAAACACUUAAUUUAAUAGAACUCCAGAAAGAUAAUUAAAUUAUAAAUCUAUCACUCCAAAUAAGUAACUCAUUAAAUGUGUUGAUCUUGAUGAUAAAAAAAAUGAAAAAUUGUUUUCUCUCUAAUACAAACUGAAAACAGGUAAAGCUAUUAAUAUAGUUAUGAAGAAGAAUGAUAAUCUUAUCAAAAUUGCUCAAGAAAGUGCCCUAAAAUAUAAACUAGAACAUAAUGCUUAUCUUUAAUUACUUAAACUUUUAAAAGAUAAAUAUAGAACAAUUUUAGAAAAUUAAAAUAUGUGA